AAGGCUGCUCCACACAGACAUACAGAGAUGACUUCCGUUCUCCAGCCCCGAGAAUGUAAAGUGACCAAAAAGCCCCAAAAGAGGUACGGAUUCUACCUGCGUAUUGAGAAAGACACAGCAGGGCAUCUCAUCCGGAAUGUGGAAAAGAACAGUCCAGCUGCAAAGGCUGGCUUGAAGGACGGAGACAGACUCCUCAGGGUUAAUGGCGUGUUUGUAGACAAGGAGGAACAUGCUCAGGUGGUGGAGAUUGUCAAGAAGAGCGGGAAUUCUGUUGUACUUCUUGUUCUGGAUGAUGCAUCCUACCAAAAGGCAGAAAAGGAGGGAGUGAACUUGGAAGAGCUGGGUCAAAAGAUGUCAACAGGACAACAGCAAGAGCAGCAGCCCUCACCCCCCACGGCCAAUGGAGCAAUCACCGCAGCUCCACAACCCCGGCUCUGCUACCUAGUGAAGGAGAAGAAAGGCUAUGGCUUCUCUCUGAGAAGUACAGCAGGACAGAAGGGGUUGUUCAUAGUAGACCUUUCAUCACAAGGAGCAGCUGCAAAGGCUGGUGUCCAAAAUAAUGAUCGCCUGAUUGAAAUAAAUGGAAAAAAUGUGGAAAAUGACACACAUGAGGAAGUGGUGGAAAAGGUAAAGAAGUCUGAAAACCAUGUUAUGUUUCUACUUGCAAAUGAAGAAACAGACCGCUAUUACAAAAGCCAGAAGAUGGUGCUGAGCAAAGAGAGCGCCAACCUAAGAUUGCUUCCCCUCAAACCACGACUUAUUGAGAUCCAGAAAGGAGAAAAUGGUUAUGGCUUUUAUCUACGGAUGGAACAAAAUAAUCAUGUAAUCAAGGAUAUUGAUUCUGGAAGCCCAGCAGCCAAGGCGGGUCUCAAAGACAAUGACAUCUUAGUAGCUGUCAACGGCGAGCAAGUAGAUGGUCUGGACCAUGAAAGCGUCGUGGGAAAAAUUAAGCAGUCUGAGGCAAAAACCACACUGUUGGUAGUGGAUAAGGAGACUGACACCAUGUAUAAACUGCUGCACACUGAGCAGAAAGUGAACCACAAGCCAAGAAUCUGCAAGAUGGUGAAAGGGCCUAGUGGAUUUGGCUUCAGUUUAAAUAUGACCAAGAACAAGCCUGGACUGUUCAUCAAUGAGGUACAAAACCACGGGCCAGCUGACACAGCAGGUGUAGAAAAUAAUGACUUUUUGGUGGAAGUGAAUGGGGUGAAUGUGACCAACGAAUCUUACGACAAAGUGGUGGCAAGAAUCCAAGAUAGUGGCGACAGACUAACACUACUGGUGUGCACCAAAGAUGCUUACAAAUACUUCCAGGGCCAGAACAUUCCCAUCACAGCCUCUAUGGCAGAUCCAGUCCAUGACACUUCUGAACCUCCUGCUUACACAGAAAAUCAUCUGUCAGAGCCAGAGAGAAAAUCACCUGAACUAAGGGAAAGGUACAACUGCUGUGAAAUGGCAUAA